CUUCAAUAAAAUGCUACUAAAAAGAAGCUCUUCAACCCCACAUAUUGGAACCCAUCGGUUACCUUUCUCAGACAGUCCCACCAGAGACUUAGACACUACAAAUAAAAAAUGCAACAAACGCCCACCACUACUGUUUGAUCACCAUUCAAAAAGCUUUCUUUCUCCCAAGUUUCAUGCAGCUCAUCUCCAGUCUCUAACAGUGCUUCCCACUUCUCUGAAUCUUCUGGCUUUCGACGAGCUUGGUCUGAUGGUAACUUGGAAGGCUUAAGUUAUAGUGGUUCUUAUUGUGACAUAGAAGACUUCGGCAAUUCAAGUAAACCAAGAGAGGUUUUUUCAUAAACAUAGCAAAUUAACUGGGUCCACCAUGUUACAGACAUCACCAUCUUUCUCGAUAUUUACUUCAACUGAUGAGUUUCAAGAUGGAGAGCAUAAUAAUAGGCUGCAAGAUCCUAUCAAAGAAGAACAGGAGAGAACUGUUACAAUAGGAGACAGCAUAGAAGCUAUGGGUAGUGGUGAAUUCAGUUUUGGUAAUAAGAAGAGUAUAGGGUUGAUUGAGGAGGGGAAGGAGGAUGAGGAGGAGGAAGUUUUAAAUGGGAUUCAGAAUCUAAGUGUUGAAGUAGGAAAUGAACCUGUUAGUCCUUCCAUGUAUCUUGCUGCUGGGCUUGGUAUUGACAGUUUUAGUAUUGGUGGUGGUGAGCUUGAUGGGGACUUUUUAUCUCCUGCGAACUUCGAUGAUAGCAGUGAUGUUGAAGAGUAUUAUAGGAAGAUGGUUGAUCAGUAUCCUUGCCACCCUUUGUUUCUGAGAAACUAUGCUCAGGUUUUGCAGUCUAAGGGAGAUCUUCAAGGAGCGGUGGAAUACUAUUCUCGUGCUACACUAGCAGAUCCUGAAGAUGGUGAAAUUUUGGUUCAGUAUGCUAAAUUUGUGUGGGAAAACCUUAAUGACCAAGAUCGAGCCUUGAGUUACUUUGAACGUGCUGCUCAAGCUGCUCCUCAAGAUAGCCAUGUUCUCGCAGCAUAUGCUAGUUUCCUCUGGGAAAUAGGGGGUGACGGGGAAGAGGAUGAAGCACGUCAAGAUCACAUUCAGAUGGAAGAGGAAGAACGUAAGAAAGAAAUUGAAAUCUCAACAUCCAAAGAAGAAAUUGGACUAGUUAGUCCAUCCCUACACCUUGCAGCAGCACUUGGGAUUGAUGUUGCUGAUUCUACUGCAGAUGAAUCCAGCAAAGUUGGCAAUGUUGAGGAGUAUUAUAAAAAGAUGAUUGAUGAGAGCCCUAACAACCCCUUGUUUCUAAGAAAUUAUGCUCAAUUCCUGUGUCAGUCCAAGGAAGACCUCCCAGCAGCAGAGGAAUUUUACAUGCGUGCUAUACUAGCUGAUCCUAGGGAUGGUGAAAUCAUUUCUCAGUAUGCUAAAUUGGUGUGGGAACUUCAUCAUGAUAGAAAUAAAGCAUUGUGCUACUUUGAGAGAGCAGUUGAGGCUACUCCUGGAGAUAGUCAUGUUCUUGCAGCAUAUGCUAGUUUCCUGUGGGAGACGGAAGAUGAGGAAGAAGGUGACCCAAUGCAAGACUGCAUACAGAUACCUCGUCUCCAUGAACAAGCUAUGAAUGCUGCAAAUGCUUAACUGUUUUGCAGACUUAGACCAGUUGUCAGAAUUAAGGCUUAAUAGGUGCAAAAGCAUAAAAGCAGAAGCCCUGUCUGUCUCAAGGACACAAAAUUAUCCAAUAAUGUUGUGGUUGUUUACUUAGCCAUGGUUCAAUAGUAGUCAUAGGGCUAUAAUUGAAACUUGGAGUCCACUCUGCGCAUACAAUAUCAACAAAAGCCUUAGUCCCCAAAUUUUGGGAUCCUGGCUUAGGUAAAAUAAAACAAAAUUUUUAACCAAUUUGUAAUAUGAUGUUGCAUUAUGCACCCAAAAAAGAAAAAAAGAAAAUAAAGGUGUUUCUUUUUUUCUUCUUUUUUCAUGUUUUCCUGUUUGAUAAGUACAUGAAUGGAAGGUGUUUCAGAUAUGCUGAAUAAAGCAUGGAACAUAUGCAAUAAGACAAGCAAUGACGUUUGA